AUGUCCGUGGGAUUUCCCUAUUACCGGCCUACCACCCCUCCUGCGGUUACCUUUCAGGGGCAGGUUGGACCAGCCCAUAAUCGCAACGCAUCCGACUCUUCUGUGUACUCCAACGAUUCAUCUCCUUGGUCUGCUAUCACUUCGACGACAAGUCCAACGGUGGAUUCUCCUCCGCGGUACCACCACGGACCUGCUCUUCUCCCGAAGAUCAGGUCCCAGGAUGUGGUCAUUGAGCCUCCACCUACUGCCGGACCACAGCGUCAUCGUCGGGUGCUAUCCAAUACUCGUAACCCUCCGGGGUUCCUCCCGUAUCCACCCAGACGCCAAUCCAUUCAGCGCAAUGUUGUUGAGGCAUCAGACCGGUUUGCUGCAGCCUCCUCUGUGCAGAACUCCCCUACCUAUGCCUCCUACAAUGGCUCAACACUAUCUUCCCCCGUGAGCAUCAAGUCCUCGCACAAACGCAGGGAGUCUGGAGGGCAUUCUCGAUCUGGAUCUGCCUCUAGUAUUGACGAGGAGAUAUUGAACCGAUAUGGGUAUCCAACUUACCGGCAGCUUCCAAAAUAUACUACGCAACCCCAACCUUCUCCUACCGCACCUGCCACCCCUGAUAUCGUAGUCUACCCCCCUCAUCUACGCUCCUCGCCUGCGGAGCCUUUAGGAAGCAAAGCCCAAGAACCCGCUAUCCGAACGUCUCUUGCACUUCCACCAACGCCCUACAGAUAUGCACAGGCUUUAAGUGGUGCUCAGGGGUCGUCCACUGUUGGACUUGCCUAUCCAAACCUGGCGGCUGGCCCUCACUCAACUACUCUUCUUUCGUAUUUGACGGGUCAAACGCAAGCAAUUAAUUUGGUCCGCAAUCUCAGCGUGGUGCCCACCCGCGGCUUACAUGAUUAUUUUUGGUGGGAUAUCCGCAACCUGCGGAGCUGGAGCUCGUUUUCUCUGCCCACAUUCAAUUCAAUCAACGGGCUUACAAAGCUUCUGAAGACCACAAUCCCCUCCCAGCUGACACCGCCAACGGUGGUGCCCAGCUCCAAAUUGUCGCCAGACUCCGAAACCGCCCUGAUCAAUCUCAUCCAAGACAUCUACGCGCCUCGAGUGAAUGCUGCUCUGGCAGUAUCUCAAGGACCAGACCAUCUAUCUCUUUACACUGCCCCGGUUCCACACACCCCCAGCAGCAAGAACUAUGGCGGGCCCCACUUCCUCGCAAACUAUGCCUCCGACACCGAACAAACCAGCUCUGGCUUACCUCGCGGACGCCUAGUUGGAAUUGCCAAGAGCUUCGACCGCUGGAACACGGGGAUGCGCAACGAAGCGCCUCAUCGACGGGUCGAGUACCUAAACGGACUCGCUCACCUGCAGCGGUGCAUUCGCGAACACUCGUGCCGGUACGGAUUCAUCAUUACUGAGAUCGAGCUCGUCUGUGUCCGAGCCGGAUGCGACGAGGGCGAUGAUGUCCCCUAUUUCGGCUUCCUGGAGCUUUCCACGCCCAUACCAACGAAUAUCGCGGCGCACACAGCUCGAACCGAGAAUUGCUCCGCGCUUUAUGCUUCUCCUAACUCUCCUACUCCCUCCGUUGACAGCUCCUUCGGGAGCCAAUCUCCGCUACAGGAGAACUAUCCCGUUCCAGCCUCGGAGGCACUCAACGUGCCAAUGACCGCUAGUCUAGCCCUAUACUUCCUCCUGAUGCUCUCCAAGUCCGUACCACUCCCAUCGCAGCCUUCCUGUCAUCUCAACGUCGGAGGACCCGGUGCGCUCACCCGACAACGCACCCUUCCCGAGGGUAAGGACAAAUGGAUCCCGGAGCCCCAGAUAGGAGAGAGACGGGACGCCAAGCGCGUGCGUGGCUGGGUUUGGCCACAGGACGCCUGGCACCGACGAGAGGGAGGCGGAGUUCCUCGGUCCCGGACAACUCUGGAAGUAAAACAGAAGAAAUGGCACAAAUAG